AAAUUAAGAUUAAAAAUGGAAUUGUUUGAGCUUGACAAAAGUUAUAAAGUAAGAAAUAGGAAGGUCGUUGAUUAUUCACAGUUUCAGGAAUCUGAUGAUGCUGAUGAAGAUUAUGGAAGAGAUUCGGGUCCUCCAGCUAAGAAAAUUCGAUCAUCUCCACGAGAAGCUAAAAAUAAAAGGCGAUCUGGGAAGAAUUCACAGGAAGAUAGUGAAGACUCAGAAGAGAAAGAUGUAAAGACUAAGAAGGAUGAUUCUCACUCAGCAGAGGACAGUGAGGAUGAAAAGGAAGAUCAUAAAAAUGUGCGCCAGCAACGGCAGGCAGCCUCUAAAGCAGCUUCUAAACAGAGAGAGAUGCUCCUGGAAGAUGUGGGCAGUGAAGAAGAACAGGAAGAAGAGGACGAGGCACAGUUCCAGGAGAAAGAUUCCGGCAGCGAUGAAGAUUUUCUAAUGGAAGACGAUGAUGAUAGUGACUAUGGCAGUUCAAAAAAGAAAAACAAAAAGAUGGUUAAGAAGUCCAAACCUGAGAGAAAAGAAAAGAAAAUGCCCAAACCCAGGCUAAAGGCUACAGUGACGCCAAGUCCCGUGAAAGGCAAAGGGAAAGUGGGUCGCCCCACAGCUUCAAAGGUAUCAAAGGAAAAGACUCCUUCUCCCAAAGAAGAAGAUGAGGAGCCGGAAAGCCCUCCAGAGAAGAAAGCCGCUGCCAGCCCUCCACCCGAGAAGUCUGGGGAUGAAGGGUCCGAAGAUGAAGCCCAAUCUGGGGAGGAUUAAAAGUGAUGAUGGUUUGGGAGAGAUUUUAUUUAAAAAAAGAAAAGAAAAAAAAAAGGAAAAAAGGGGGGCAUAAAAAGAAAACUACAUAAGAUAGAACAUGGUUUUGGCUAUGGCUUUGACUCACGGGCUUUCAGUGCUUUUUUUCCCUUUUGUUGAAAAUAACUUUCUCUUUUUUUAAUUUUUUUUUUUAAAGAAAAUCUUUGUAUGUUUAAUUUACCUUUUUGUCUAUUGGUCUUUUCUUUUCUACCACCCUCUACUCUCUCCCUUUUUCAAUGAAAGCCAUGUCAAAUUAAUCACUGGAUUGACUGCUUCAUCUUUUUAUUUUUAAAGGAUGGUAUACCACAGUUGUAAAGCAAUAAGAUUUGAGAUGAACACUAUGGAAAUGUUGCUUUUUGCUAAACAGUAGCAAGUUGAACAGUAAUCAAAAAACAUAGAAGGAUUUUAGUUAAAAAUGAUUGCUUCUUUCUCUACUUGGACUUAAAUCAGUUGUCAUCUAAUACAAGUGUAUUUUUUACCUUGCGGGCAGGGCAGGGAGUGGGUAACCUGACCUUGUGUAGAGUGUGGGGUUUUUUUUAAAUUUCAUCACUUGUUAUCUCAAAUUCAGAGCCAGUGAUCCUUUUAUUCUACUACGUCUUUAAGGAAUUAAAAAAAGAAAAGGAAAAAACAAGGAGCGCCAAAACUUAAAUCACGCUUAAUUUCCUAUUUUACUCUCCGAUGGUUCAUGUUUUAAAAUAUAUAUGUAUCCUGUUUCUUGGAUAAAUUUUUACCAAGGGUAAAAAAAAAAAAAAGAAACCUAGAAUUUAAAUGGCAAGAUCUAUAUAUCAUAGUGGAUUUCUUCUCAAACUGACAAUGUUUAGGUUAUAAGCAAAUAAACUACCGGUUAAUGUGAAACUUGUUCACAAAGACUUGAGAUUUUUUUUCCUUUAUGAAAACAGAAUUGAAAUUCUUUUAUGCCAUAAAUGUGUGUGCAUUCAGAUUCCAUGAACUGUGCUCUGUUUUUAUUUGUGGAUAGAACUUUUCUUUUUCAUACACUUAUCUUCCCAUUUCUUCAUAGAACCAUGGUAUGAAGUGCAUCUCUCGGCUUCCUGCUACCAUGUAGGAUGCCACUGCAGACCCACCCCCAGUGCCUACCAGCCCUGCUGGAGGACAUGAUUUCUCCUGGCUCUGUCUUCACCUACUUCACGUCCUGUGUUUGAUGGGAGUGUGUUAAGUGGUGCUCCCACGCGUUUAAUUUGCUUUUUUUUCUUUUUACUGGUGUGUCUGCUUACUGCUCAUGUUGCUUGUUUGGAGUGUAAGGGGUUCCGCAGGGCUAGAGAAAGCAUGCGUUCAGGAGACCUACGUGCGGUUAACAGACUUGACAUGCCUUAUGAAAGCAGUCAGGAGAUAGACCUGUGCGUUCCAUCCUCCACAUCCUGAUACCAUGAGCUUCUGGAAGGAAGGGUUAGGGGCCUUAGUGUGCUGAGAAGUUGAAAAAUUAGUGAAAUUUAACCUCUGCCUUUUUAUCUAGAUUUGCUUCCUCAAUAUUUUACUUAUGCAAUUUUCUUCCUUUUAAUUACAGCAUAUUUUACUCUUGGACAACAUAGCUUUCUUACAGAUGUUCCUAGAACAAAAGGUUAUUUAAGGAAUAGUUUUACUCUGAUUAUUAAGACACUUUAAGAAGUAUUCUUUGUGAUUUAAAAAAACAACACCACCUAGUGACAGUCGCUUCGCUGUUGCACUAUGUGUUAAAGAAUGAAUUUGAAGAUUUUAGUACUUGGCCAAAAAUGCAAAGCUUGAAUAUAAAUAGCAGUUGGAUUGUUAUCUAAAGGUUAUUCUGUUUGCUUUAGUGGGUUUGUUUAGGUACCCAAUUUUAACAAGGUGUGUGUUCUUCUAGCAAGAGACCUCUCAGUGUUUCCACCAUGCACUUCUAUACUUAGGGGUUUAUAACUUUGUCUUACAUUCCUAGUAACAUUUGGGCUUUCUUAGAUUAUGUUUUGUGAAAAUCAGUGGUGGGGAGGGGGUCUUUUAAAACUUUAGCCUCGGUAUUUUAUGUAACACAGUCUCUAAUAUAUUAAUCUGCACUAACAUCUAUGUGAUACAGGCACAUAUUUUAGAGGUAAUUUUGUCUUCUAAGUUCCUUGUGUGCAUUUGGUUGGACUUUUUGUUUGCAAUCCCUUUUUUAAAAAUUAAUUCAUGAGAUUGAAAAACAUAUAUAUUUCUAACAGACUGGACAAAAGGAUCUGUGUCCCCAGGUGAGAGACAGGCUCUGAAUGACCUUUUUUUUCUCCACUUUUUAUUGAUUUAAAACACUCUAGUCUUCCCCUCAAAUCAUGCAUGCACAUAGGAGGGUAGCUGUGGUGUCUGAACUGGAAACCGGUGCUCAAUAGUCAGGCUUGAUGUGAUGUGAGGCUGGGUUACAAGCUCUAAGCUGAUAGUGGCUGGCCAUUGGCACCACCCGUGACUAAUCUCCCUCUUUUUCCCUGGCGUGCCUGUGGUGAGAUGGCAGUAGCUUUCACGGCCUUGUUUGCAGUGCUCAGGAAGUGGGACAUUAACCUCGAAGGUGCUUGUUUGUGCUAACUUAAUUCUCUGUGUUAGCUCUGUUAGGUUUACCUCUGAAACAUGGAUUUCGGCAGCUAUGCUGACUGACACUACAUUCUAGUUCUUAAGAUUUUUUUUUCUAGACUUCUCUCCACACACACACACACACACAACUUGACAUGGGUAGUUUACAUAUUAAGUCUAUCUGUAACUUGCUGCUGCUUUUAGCCCUCCCCACCUUAGGUUGGAAUCAAUGGACUAGACCCAAAGGAUACAUUUUAAUUUUAGUAAUGGUAGAUUUGUCCUGCUUUCCACAAACCUGCCUUUCAUAUCUCCACUCCACUCCCUAUUGAGUCCAUAAAGGAAAGUUAAUGGGUGAGUCCUCCUUUAGGGAGAUAAUGAGUGGAAAUCUUUUUAGUAGUUGAUUUCCCAUAAAGGAGGUUUAAUGUCUUUUUUCUUUUCCACAGUAACUGUUUGCCCCAGGUUGAAUCCUCAAUUCAAUACUUAUUCUUGGUACUGGUUCAAAUAGCUUUUUCUUAUUAUAGGUAACUAAUCAAGAGGAAUUAGAAGUUAUAAUCCAGUAAGGUUUUUGACACUCUUGUGAAUAUAUGUGGUCAGCUAAACUGAACUUGACACUUUUUCCCCCAAAACAUUUCUUUUUUUAACCAUGACCAUUCAGGUAUCAAGUGAAUUUUAGAGUACUGGUUGGAGAAAGGGAAUAGUUCUUUAAAGAAACCAGUUUAGAAGAUGCUUUGAGAGUGUUAGGCAAGGGCAGAAGUUAACACCUGGAGCGACAGAGAAAGCUUUAUGAAAGGCCAUGUGGCCGUUGUCACUGUUGUGAAGAAGGGGAGUUCGAAUGGUUCUGUGCCCGCUUCACCUGUGGCUGCGCUGAGAAGCAGGAACGUCACCUCAGGAGUUUGCAAAGGGAGAGCCUGGCUCUGGGCUCCAUGCACUCGGGCGUAGAUGCUGAAGCAGACGAAUAACACGCUUCCUACCAAGGGAAAGAGAAAAGCUAAAAAUCUGGUUGCUCUUGAGGUUAGAAAAUUGUCCUUUUCUCUGUGCUUGGCGCUGGGUUUAUUUGGAAAAGGUGUUAGUUUAUUUGAAUAUUGGGACAUCAAGCUAUCUGCAGCCAAAUUUCAAUCUGCAACCCAUUUUCCCUUGGUCUUGGGAUAAACUUGAUACAAAAUGACUUUUUGAAUCCCAAAUCCCUAAGUCACACUUCUUUUUUUUCAAAGCCUAGUUCACAAAAUUCACAGUGGUGCUGACUGUGUAUUAACCACUAUUGACAAAAGUCCCCUCAACCUGCCUGUUGCCAUGCCAACGGAGUGACUGAACUGGUGACAUCUGUUGGAGCAUGCUUUGUGUGGCUGGUGGAAUGCCACCAUUGUGCAUACACUUUGUACAUCAGGGGUGAAGGGGGGGUUUUCUAGAUUUAUGGGGGGGGAGGGUAAAACUUUGUUUUUUUGAUGGGGAGUGGGUAUAGUACUUAGCUUACCCCUAAAUAACAUGUAUAAAAACCCCUGAAGUAUUGUGUGGGUGUGUGUGUGAGUGUGUGUAUAUGUCUGGCAAUUAAACCGUUGUCUUCUGGAAAUUAGUGAAUUCUUUUUUCCCUCCAGAAGUAUUUGUUACAAGAUUUGUAAAUAAGAGCUCUACUUAGUUUGUUUACCAUGACCAUGUUGCAGCAAACCUUAAAUACCUAAUUCCUGUAAGAUUUAAGGAAAGACUUGAAGACGUGUCAGGUUAAGCAGCAGCCACGUUCUCAGAAAUUGUUUGCCUUGAUUCAUCUUUCAGACUUCAUUUGCCAGCUCUAAAAUUCCCAGUCUUCCUUAAUUUUAGUCCUUAAUCUUUUACGUUCUGAGCAGGAAGGGUAAAAGAGGAACCUGCGUAAAUGUGUUUAAUUGUAAGUCCAUGGGCUGAGACCGGGGCAUCCCUUUCUUAAUACUGCAAUGUUGCUAGAUAUGUGAUCAGACACCAGAGGGUUGGGCGUUCUUGCAAUACCUUAACAGUGCUGAGAUCUGCAGCAUGGUACUAAGGAAGUUAAAGUUUGAAUGUAACCACUUUAUUUAAAAGUUGUUUUUUAUUUAAAUGAAAUGGGGUUGAAAUGAACAUGAUUUUGUUCGUGAAUUAUAGAUGCAACAUACAUUGGUAGACGUGUGAUGGUCUUUUGUGAUACUUAAUUUUUACAUAUCCCAGUCUCUGUAUGUACCUGCAUAGACAAAAAAACAAAUUCCUGCUUUCUUUAUGGAAGGGUUUCCAGGACUGCGUGUCUGCUCCUGAGCUCUGUUUUAAGUAUGUGUAUCCUUUGCUUGUAUUUUGUAUUAAAAAAUAAGAAAAAGAACCCUUUAUUGUUGAGCAUGUUGGCAUUGUCCCCUUUACUUUUUUUUUUUUUUCUUUUUGGGACAUGAAGCAAGUUAUUCUUUUUCUGUAUCUUUUUUUUCUUUUGUAAACUUUGUUUUGUUUAAAAAUGGCUUUAUAAAAGGGCUUUUAUAACCC